AGGACCCUGGGUUGGUGGGGUCAAGAGGAGCUGGGGGCUCCUUGCUCCGGGACAGCUGGGCCUGCUGGGGUGCUGGGCGCCUUGUGUGUGGCCCCCAGAACAGUGAGUUCCUUCUCGGGGGGAAGGGAGCCGAGGGCUGCGGGCAGGAGGAGUGGCCACCCAGGCUGCCGUGUACGCCCGGAGAGGGACCCCGCGGCUGCGAGGGGGCCGAGGCCCAGCGUCUCCCCGCCGCAGCGGCCACCGCGCCUCCCUCGCCCCCCUCGCCUGCCGGGUCCCUUAAAGGAGCUUGUUGAUCUGGCCUGGAACUUCACCGCGCAGUGCACCCAGCCCCCGCCCCCUGCCAGAGGUUCUUAAAGCCGAGCUUCAGGCAGUGCAUUUUUUGGGGAAGAUUUUCUAAUCCAAAGCAUGGUCCCAUCCUAAGCCCCUCCGCUUCUAGGACAGUGCAGACAGCCCUUCUCUGUGGAGUGACGUCUCAGAUCUAAGGAACAGCCUUGUGAUACCACUUAUGGCAUGAAUACCGUUGAGUACUGUUUUUGCUGAGCCCGUGCUCCGGAGACCCCCUGCUACCAGAGUUCAUCGUUUCUUAGCAGGGAACGUGGUGCACUGGGUUCUGUCCCCCCAGACUCCUUUCUUCGUUUGUAAAGACUUUGAUGGAAAUCUGUAACUCAGACAGCAAAACAUGGUACUCCAUUUGAACAGUUUUUCCUCUGAGGUGUGUGGGGUGCCCCCUUCCCCUGCUCAAACGCUGGGGCUCUUUGUAAUUUAGAAUAGUUUCACCUUUCCUUGUAACAAAUCCCUGGUUGCUGAGGACGCCCAGAGGAUGAUCCUCCGUGGUUUCUGAUCCCUAACGGGGCCCACCGCUGAUGGAGCGAGAGCAAAGCCUGUUGAUCUCAGAUUCUAAUGGCUUCACGGAGAGGGAGAGUGUGAAAAGCCCUUUUACAGGAGAUGCAAGUAAGAAGCAUUUGGAAAGUGUUCAACACAACAACUCCAAAGCAGAUAAAGAGAGCGCCCCCAAAUGGGCUAAGAGAGAUGGCCCACAACAUUGGAAGCAUGAGGACACAGAAGAAAUCCCACUGACCUGGUCCCAAGGCAGCGGGAUCUGGUGCGGUGAGUCCCGUGAGAAGGAUGGCAAGUCAGAGGCUCCGGGACAUUCGAGCGGCGGGGAGGAAGAGAAACCCAGCCGCUGGGGCUGGGCGCCCGGGGAUCGCGGCCGGGCCUCUGCCCAGCAGCAUUCGACCCCCAGGGACAAACCCUACAAGUGCACUGAAUGUUGGAAAAGCUUCGGUAACAGCUCUCAUCUGCGGAUUCACCGGAGGACCCACUCCGGGGAGAAGCCUUACAAAUGCUCGGAGUGCGGCAAGUGCUUCAGCAGCAGCUCUCACCUGAUUCAGCACCUGCGGACGCACACGGGCGAGAGGCCGUACCGGUGUGGCGAGUGCGGGAAAAGCUUCAGCAACACCUCCCACCUGAUCAUCCACCAGCGGACCCACACGGGCGAGAAGCCCUACAGGUGCCCCGAGUGUGGGAAGAGCUUCAGUAGCAGCUCCCACCUGGUCCAGCACCACAGGUCGCACACGGGCGAGAAGCCCUACGAAUGUCCCGUCUGUGGGAAGUGCUUCAGCCACAGCUACGUCCUCCAGGAGCAUCAGAGGAUUCACACGGGAGAAAAGCCGUACAAGUGCCCCGACUGCGGAAAGAGGUUCAGUCAGAGCUCCAGCCUGAUCCGCCACCAGCGGACCCACACGGGGGAGAAGCCCUACAGGUGUCUCGAGUGCGGGAAGAGCUUCGGUUGCAAUUCGACCCUCCUGAAGCACCAGCGGGUUCACACAGGCGAGAAGCCCUAUCGGUGCCCGGAGUGCGGGAGGAGCUUCAGCCGGAGCUCGAACCUGCUCGCGCACCGGAGGACGCACGCGGGAGAGGGGCCCCGCGAAGGCCCCGAACGCGAAGAGGAAGGCUCGAGCCGGAGCUGCGGAGCCGUGCCAGAGCGCCGACUGCCGCCGGGGGAGAAGCCCUACAAGUGCUGUGAGUGCGGGAAGCGCUUUGGCCUCAGCUCCCACCUCAUUAGACACCAGAGAACACACACAGGAGAGAAGCCGUACAGGUGCCCGGAGUGUUGGAAAACCUUCAGCCAGAGCUCCACCCUGGUGAUUCACCAGCGGACGCACACGGGGGAGAGACCUUAUCAGUGCCCUGACUGUGGCGAGUGCUUCAGCCAGAGCUUUAACCUCAUCAGGCACCGGAGGACCCACGUGGGAGAGAAGCCUUACAAAUGCGCCGACUGUGACAGAUGCUUCAGCAGAAGUGCCUAUCUCGCUCAGCAUCGGAAGAUGCACCCAGAAAAGUCUUUCGAGCCUCCUGACGUUGAUGGUUUCCCUCAUGGGUGGACUUGGAAAAAGGGUCCGGGGGAAAUGGCCCUCGUCUCUUCCUUUUCAGUCCCACCUCCGUCUUCCUCUUGAGUCCCAAAGCCUGUUUUUUUAUUAUUAUUAUUAUUAUUAUUAUUAUUAUUAUUUUCUUUUCUUGCCGGACCAUCACAAUUAAGGUGUGGCUACAGAGUUUCUUUGGUUUGCUUGCCAUAAUGUCUGGAGAAAGUCAACCUCCCAGGUUAGAGGAGGCGAAGGCCCUGACCACCAGCUCAUUAUAUCUGCCCAGGGGAGAUGCUGCCGACCAUGGAGAAGAAAUGGUUUUUGAUUUAAGGUAAGAUUGGAAUGGCUUCAAAAGAAAACAUAAAGAGAAAUUCUGGGAAUAAGGACACCCGAGAGCUUGAAGCUAAGCUAGCCAUCGAGUUUCCCUAUUUCCUCUUGCCUCAGUGGGUGGCAAUAAUUCGUUAUUGGCCUCAGGGAGUUACCCAGAGAAAGAUUCUUUUUGAACAAAUUAUGUGAUUUCCUGGCUGUUUUGGUGGGUCUUAAGAAAGGACUCAGUUUUUGUAAACACAUUUUUAUUUGCUGAAAAUUAACUUCUAUAGUAUUUAGAACUACGUUGGCUAGUCCAGUAGCCACUAGUCACCUGUGGCUAUUUAAAUUUUAUAGUAAGAUCAAAUGAAAUUUAAAAUCUGGUUCCUUAGUUGCACUAACCACGUGCCAAGCACUUAGUAGCCACACGUGACUGGUGGCUGCUGUAUUGACUGUCAUAUAAAGUUCUUUCUUUCUAGCUUAUCUUUCUUCACAGACUUGUGACGAUUUCCUAGAAGAUGGUAGGAAAUGUGCUACGAGGUUUCUGCUCUGCAAGAGGAACUGCAACAUAGGAUAGGAAUGGGAUAGAGUUUUUACGGUGUUCAGUGUAGAGAUUAGGCAUUUUAAUGCUUGUAUGUCUUCUGUUCGACCACCUUGGUAGUCCAGUGAUAGGAUCCUGUUGACUUGGCCAAAGCCAGAUUAAGAGGUAGAAUUCUUGAAUUUUGUUUAAAAACUCUUGACAAAUAGGGGCGCCUGUGUGGCUGGGUUGGUUAAGCCUCCAACUCCUGGUUUUGGCUCAGGUCAUGACCUCACAGUUUCGUGAGGUCAGACUCGACAACGGAGCUCUGCCUGGAGCCUGCUUGGAGUUCUUUCUCUUCCCUCACCCCCAUUUGUGAGGUCUCUGUCUCUUGCAGAAAUAAUGAACUUUAAACAAAAAUUAAAAAUUUUUUGACCAAUAGUCUUUUCCCUUCAGUUUUCUCAUUAUAUAAUUCCUGGUCAGAUCAGAAACUGGGUUCUUUUUCUAGUACGUAAGCCCCUGAGUCUGAGCCACUGUGCAGGGACAGUGUGGCUUUGGAGACUGGGAUUCCUUACUUACAAUCUUGACAGUUUUCUUUUGCCCCUUGACUUAUGGGAUGCACGGAUCCUCCGUGUUCGUCUGUCCAAUGGAAAUGAUGCUUUGUAAAGUAACAAGUUAUUUUUUAUGCUCCUAACCCCUAUUUUUUUUUUUUUCCCUGCCAGUGCAAGGAGCAGAAGGUCAAGACUCCUAAAUUGAUCAGGAUUUCUGGUCUCAUUUAGAGAUUCAAAAUAUAUUUUAUGAAGACUAUAGAGAUACAAAUUAGGAAUGUGCAGCCAGAAAAGGCCAAUUAGAGCUGCUGCAAAUGCAGAGGGCAGUAGAUAGGUAACAGCAUUACAUGGGGAUCAUUGCUUCUUUCACAAUUGUGGUAGUAUGCCUGAUGCUGGUGAGGCAAAGAAGUCUUUCCGUAUUGUUAUGGGAUUAAAAAGUAAAGCAGAAGUUAACAAAAGACUUAAGAAGCAUUUGGGGUGAUUUUUCGGCUUUCAAAAAGGGGGAGAACAUUGGCUUUUCUAUGACCCUGAUCUAAGCCAUCUUUUUGCCUUUGUGUGUUAGGUAGUAUUGUCCAACUUGUCUUAAACUCUGAUAUCUGAGGACAAGCAUUUACAGUAUUUUACCAUAAAUGACUAAGAGUUUGAUUAAUGUUUGAGAAAUAAAUUUGGGCAUUUGUGCUGAGGCCGAGAUUCAGUUGCAAGGCGGUAGCUGUUGGGGUGGUACGUGGUCAUCUGUCAUAGUGUGUGUGGCCAGGAACCACUCCGAACCUGCGUCCUCAUUUGUGAAGCAGAGAUAAUGCCUGCCUUGCAGGUUUCUGUAAGGAUUGAGUAAAUGUUUGCAAAGCAGCUAGCGGGGUACUUAAAAUAUUAACAGGGUCUAAAUACAUGGCGAUUAUUAUUAAUUGAAAUAAAUAGAAAAGUGCCCUCCACACAUUUUCAGAAGUAGCAACGCAAGCCUAACCUGUCCUAUUUGUGAAUUCUUUAUGACCAACCUCAGGAAGCCUGAGGACUAAGGUUUUGUGAAAACACAAGACUGUAGAGUGUUUCAAUUUUGCAGACUUUUGAAAUCCCAUUUAUGUGAUUUGGCUUUUUGAAUUUUUUUUAUUGUUGAAACAAAGGAUUCGGCUUAAGUCAGGAAAGAACAAUAUAGCAAGUUCCAUUUAAGUCCGUUUGGAUCUGAAGAGUUGAAGGGUACAGUUUCUGUCCUGUUAGCAUCACUGACUGUUUUAUGACUGCCCACAAUUACAUAAAACCGAUUUCACAAACCUCAAUGUCUAUAGAAACACAGAUGUUCACACUUUAGAUGCAUUAAGAUGGGUUUGCUCCACGAAGAAAACAAUUUAGCAAGAAUCCUUAUCUCUUCAGAUUGAAAACUAGGAAAACAAGAGAGAUUUGUUACUUAAGAGAACAUAAUAGCAAGUUUAAUCAUAUUUGAUGCCUUUCUCUCAAUUUCAUUGAUCAGCAAAUAGGUCUUCUAUUUAGCUCCCCAGGAGGUAAACAUUCUGUAUUCUUUGUCUUGCCAGCAAAAAGAAAUCCGUACCUGAGUAAAUAAAGCAUUCUUAUUUAA